AUGCGGUGGGCAGCGGCCAUCGCCGCCGUGACAUGCGUCAACGCGCUGGCGCCGCGCAUGGCCAUCUCGGGCUGGACAACCUACAUCAACACAUCGCUCGAUUGCAAUCCCAGCUCGCCAGAGAUUCGCUGCAUCAGCGCCGCCCUCUACGAGACCAUGGCCGACGUACUCGUGCAGCAGCGGUACGUCGACGCAGGCUACCGCUGGAUCGACAUCAACGACGGCUGGACGGCCAUCGAGCGCGACGCAUCAGGUCGAUUGGUCGCAGAUGCCACUCGCUUUUCACGUGGCCUGGCAGGCGUGGUGGCGUCCAUCCAAGCGAAAGGGCUUGACGUGGCCAUGGGCAUCGAACUUGGCCCGACCACAUGCAAGCACAUGGCGGGGUCCGAAGGUCACUACGAGCUCGACGUGCAGACGCUGGGCGCCGCCAACGUCACGCGGCUGCUUGUCCACGCGUGCUCGAUUGCAUCGGCGUCCUCAAGCUUUUACUUUCGGCUCUCGACGCUGCAUGCGAUAGCAAAGCGCCAUGUUCCACCGCUGGCGCUCGACUGCGUUUUGGAUCAAUUUCCGGUGAAUGCAAGUCUUGUUACGCCGUAUUGCGCAACAUUGACGACCCAACCGACACUACCAGACAACUGGGCGGCGCUUCAAGUCCGUCUUCGCGCGCUUUUGGCGCUGCCGCCCGGCGACAUGAUUGCGCACCACCCUGGCGGUUUGCUCGUCGGCGGCUAUGCGCUCACCGAAGGGCAGAAUCGGCUUCAGCUCGGCAUUUGGCUGCUCUUGCAUGCACCGCUUGUCGUCGACAUCGAGCCGUGGGCCAUAUCGAAUCGUACGCGGGCGCUGUUGCAACAACCGCUCGUGACGCAGUUGACGCUAGAGGCCUUGAUGCCGUCGCCGCCGGAGCUUUUGGGGUCGUUGGCCAACGGCAUUCAAAUCUGGCGACGCGCGGUCGUUUUGCAUGGAAAGGUCAUGACGCUGCUGCUCGCCUUGCGACUCGACGUGCAAGAGCCGCAGUACAACGUACCGCUGGUUUUUGAGCUGAGCGACGUCGUGGACAAGACGUGCGACCGCGCGAUUCUCCAUGAUGUCUAUGGCGAGAGCCCGCCCGUCGCGAUCAAGUACCGAUUUACGCUGGAGAUUGCGCCUAUGAAUGCGUAUCUUGUGCUACUGGAGCCGACAAGACGCUAA